AUGGCGAGUGUCGCCGCCGGUGCCGGCACCUCCGCCUCCCAUCCGUACACAUGCAACACCUGCCAGGUCGCCUAUCGCAACACCGACCUCCAAAAGGGUCACAUGAAGAGUGACUGGCACCGCUAUAACCUGAAACGUCGAGUUGCCUCCCUACCACCAAUCUCCUCCGAGGUCUUUACUGAAAAAGUCCUCCAAGCUCGUGCUACGUCCAGUGCGGAAGCCGAAAAGGCCUAUUUUGAGACAAAAUGCGAGCCUUGCAACAAGACUUUCUACAGCGAAAACGCCUAUCGAAACCACUUGCUCAGCCAAAAGCACAAAACCAACGAGGCAGCCGCUGGUGGUCCACGGCGCAGACAAGAUGACGAGGCCACCUCUGUAAUCAGCUCUACAUUUUCUCUGGGCGAGCCCACCUCCGUGGCCAAAGACGAGCUUGAUUCCGAUGCCGAGGACGAGUUCAACCAGGUCAUUGAAAGCUUGCAGAAUGCCAAAGUUUCCGCGGAGCAACGUCCUUCGCCAGUCAGCAGACCUUCCAAUCCCAAGCCCACUGCCCCCGGGGCCCAUAAAAACGCCGACGGCGAGGAAGACUCAGAGUCAACAACACCUUCACACUCAGUGGCCGAGCCUACUUGGACCUUGAACUCGUGCAUCUUCUGUAACUUCGAGUCCCCUUCCCUACCGCUGAGCGUUCAGCACAUGGAACGAUUCCAUGGCAUGUUCAUUCCUGAGCGGCCGUAUCUCGCUGAUUUGGAAGGCCUUGUGAAGCAACUUCAGCGCAAGGUCAGUGAAUUUCAUGAGUGUCUGAGCUGUGGUAAAGUCAAGUCGACUAUAUUUGGCGUGCAAACACACAUGCGCGACAAGGGUCACUGCAAGAUCCCCUUCGGCACAGAGGAGGAGCAACUUGCCAUUGGGGAUUUUUACGAUUUCCGAAGCACGUACUCGGAUGACGGGAACGAUAAGGAAGAUGAUGGCUCGGACACUGAGGAAGACACGGGCGGCGGCGCCAAGCUCGGCUCAAGAAGAAGGCCCAGACUUGGUGAGCAGGGAGACGAGCUCGAAAGCGAGGAGGAUGGAGAGGGAUGGGAAACAGAUAGCUCUGCAUCCUCUCUCGAUUCUGCAGAUCUCACUGCAGUCCCUGCCGAGGGUCACAUUCAUCAGUAUGAACGUCUUAAAAAUCACCCCCAUCACUCAAGUCGAGAUCCUCGGAAUCACCAUCAAGCAGACGGUUGGCAUUCGCGCGCGCACAAGCAUACCCAUGCUGCCUUCUAUGACGACUACGAGUUGCACCUUCCAUCUGGCAAGUCUGUUGGUCACCGGUCACUGAACAAGUACUUUCGGCAGAAUCUCAACAACUAUCCCACGCCAGAAGAGCGAGCUGAGCGACUUGCCAUUGAAGGCGCCGAGUCUGGGGAAGAGGGGCACAGCAGGGAUCGUAGCGUCGUGCUCCGCAACGGUCAGCGAUUCAAGAGGCAUGUGGUGCCGCGAGGAACGGUUGGCUUGGCCAAUGUGUCGGACGAAAAGAAGCGGGCGGUGCGCGAGUCCGAGCACCGCGGGCGAGACUUGGAGCAAUUCAAUACCAAGAGGACGGAGUGGAUGUAUGGCAAGAGAAACAACAACCAGAAGCACUACUACUACCGCUUUGAUGGUGGUGGUUAG